GAGUGAGUGCAGCAUCUCAGCCCACAACCAUGUGUUUCUGACUCCCUGCCGCAGCCUGACGCCAGCUGAAGCGUGAUGCAUCCAGCGCAGCGCCGAACAAGCUCUGCCCUGCCCAGACGCCGGGCAGAUUCAGCCCCCCGGGGCGCGUUGAGCGCUGGUCUGCUGCAGGGCCUCAUCCAGACUGCCGGGCCGUGUUUCUCCUGCAUCCUGCUCCCCCGGGUGCACGCAGCUGACGUGGCUGCUGCCCGGCCUGCUGCCCAGCCUGCACAGAUGCCCUCCUCCUCGCCCACCAGUCCCGCUGCUGCCCCCCCUCCCACAUCCCUGCCAAGGAACAUUGGCAGGCCAGAGUUUCCAGACACAGGAUGGGAGCGCAUCAAGGACCUCUUUGACAGAGAUGAGAAACAGAAAACCCCGGAGGAGCUCACCAUCGUGGUGAAAUGCGGCUCCAUCGCUGCACUGGCAGGCUUCCUGUACGGGGGCCUUCCGGCUGCACGCUUCUCCAGACAGAGGUACAUCCAGGUCAGCCAGGCCGAGGUGUACACAACCCGCGUGGAAGCAGUGCGCUCGGCUCACAACGCAGCUAUCCGGGGUUUCGUGCGGUAUGGAUGGAGGUGGAGCUGGAGAGUGUCUCUGAUAGUCACCUUGUUAAGUUCCAUCAGCACGGGGUUGUCUGUGUACAGAGACAAGGACGCCCUGAGCAACUAUGUUGCAGCCGGAGCCGUCAGCAUGGGCCUGUUCAGACUGAACCUGGGCCUGAGAGGGCUGGUGGCCGGGUCCGUCAUCGGGGCCGUCCUGGGGAUUCCUGUUGGAGCUUUGGCCCUCGGCCUGCAGUCGCUGACGGGAGAAACCAUGCGAGAGAGGAGGAGGAGGGAGCGCAGAGAGCUUCAUGAGCUAAAGCUUGCCGAAUGGACGGCGCGGUUGCAGAUGACGGACGAGCUGAUUGCCAAUCUGAACGUGAGCUCUCAGGAGGAGGAGACCAACAAGGACCUGAAGAGGAUCCAGGAACUUCUCGGUUCCCCAGAGAACGAGGACGUGGACAGAGAGUCGCGCCGCACGUGAGCGUGUCUGCCUGAGCCGGGAGUCCGUGGUCGGACUGGAUUCAGCUGUCAGGAUAAAAAGGUUGUCGCUUUGUCUGGACUCCACACGCUUCAGAACCGAAUGAACAAACAUUUCCAUCCACAUGGCUGCUUGUCACAACUCAUCACCAAGUACGGCAUCAUGGAAGUCAAAAAACUCAUAUUUCAAUGAAAAAACUACAAAGGUGAUUCAAAACAGUGUGUCUGUUUGUUUUUUUUAAUGCCUAGAGUUUUAAUGUGAUCCGUUUACAACAAUUAGCUGUGUUCGGUUGAAGUGUGUCGGCCUUUAUUUAUUCAUUUAUUUAUUUUUUAAACUUUGUUUAUUAAGAUUUUCAAUUUUUCAUAAAGACCGGUACAAGAAACGAUGACAAAAAACAAGAUUAUGGUCAUCCUCUUGAUCAGGGGUCUGCAACCCAAAAUGUUGAAAGAGCCAUAUUGGACCAAAAACACAAAAAACAAAUAUGUCUGGAGCCGCAAAAAAUGAAAAGUCUUGUAUAA